AGGCUAGCAUUGGGGGAAAAUGUAUGGCUUUGGAAGGCACAGAACACCGAGACACAAACCACAAUAAUCCUCCUCCUCCCUCUCAUUCUCAUUGCAAAAUUCAAUCUUAAACAAAAAUGCCAUUUCUUCACUUCCCACGUUCAAUCUUUUUUCUGGCCCCUCCACUUCCCUAUACUGCCAGAGGCCAGUUCCUCCCUUCCACCACUACUCACACGGCUUCUUAUCUGUCGUAACAUAUCAGGUUCAUUCGGCCUUCAAUUAUAGAUUGUCAGCACUUUGGUUCUUCUCUCUCUAGUAAUUGUUAUUGACAAAAUCAGCUGAAAGCACAACAGGAAUGAUGGCAAGGUUGAAUUUGUUGGAGGGCUUGAAUUAAGGUUGAUGAGGAUGAGAUUUAUUGGACACACAGAUAGGAAGAUGAAGAGUUGGAAUGGUCUCGUCAUUCCACUCACUUAAUUAUUCACUUGAUUCAAUGUUUUUCUACUGCUAUGGUUGGAACACGAUCAUGGAUCGGAGGACUAUUUCACCGCACAAAUACUAAACAUAAUGAUAAAUUUGUUGACUAUCCUUUGACUCCUCUUGAGGAGGAAAGACUUCAACGGCUUCAAGAACGGUUGCAAGUUUCUUACGAUGAAACUUGCCUUGAUCAUCAAGAAUCGCUGAGAGCUCUGUGGCAAUGUUCCUUUCCUAAUGUUUCUCUGAAAGGCUUGAUAUCUGACCAAUGGAAAGAUAUGGGAUGGCAAGGUGCUAAUCCAUCAACAGACUUUAGGGGAUGUGGCAUCAUUGCCCUUGAAAAUCUGCUGUUUUUCGCAAGGAAAUAUCCGGCAUCUUUUCACAGGUUGUUGUUGAAGAAAGAUGGAGACCGAGCUACAUGGGAAUAUCCAUUUGCUGCUGCUGGCAUCAAUAUAUCAUUUAUGUUGAUACAAAUGUUGGAUUUAUACUCAGAAGGAAAGCCUCGGUGUCUUCCAGGCAUGAAUUUUGUCAAGUUAUUAGGAGAAGAUGAAGAAGCAUUCGAUAUUCUAUACUGUAUAGCUUUUGAGAUGAUGGAUGCACAAUGGCUGGCCAUGCAUGCUUCAUACAUGGAUUUUAAUGAGGUUCUACAAACAACACGGAUGCAAUUGGAGAGAGAGCUAUCCUUAGAAGACAUCAACAAAAUACAAGACUUGCCUGCUUACAAUCUGUUGUACCAAUAGCUUUAAUCCAACUUCCAACUGGCACAAAACGGUUUCACUACAAUGUCUAUCCUCAUUGUACUGCAGAGAUUCACUCCUAUUCUCAAAGGAUUUGUAUGAGUCACUUCAGAAGUUGUUUAUAGCUCACAUUUGGUAGAUGAGCUUUUGACAUUGAAAGUGAUUUCCAGAUACAAAUGCAUUUUGAAGUGGCAGUUGGAAUUUUGAUAAUCCUGAGGAACAGUUGAUUAUUUGAUGAGAAGAGAAGUGAGAACCAGUAUAAGCUGAAUCCAAAAGAAAAUCUUGAAGAUAUAAUAUUGGUGAGAUUUGAAGGAGCAAAUGCAAUGUAAAAGUUAAUCCACUUGUACACACCUCUUUUGCUUUGCCUUGUAUUUUUGAGGUUAUGCUAAUACCAACUCUUAUUGCUGCUUAAUCAUGUCAUAUUUUUGCAUUCUGUCAACAAUUGUGCAAGAUUAGUUGAUUAAGUUUGAUUAUAACAUGUAUUUAA